UUAUCACUGUAGCAAAUACUGCAAGAACGGAUUCAGUCUGACAGGCCGAGUGACAGUGAAGUUUGGGUGAGCUGGGAUGGGCGGCAAGCUGCAGCACAUCAUGGAGCGGCUCCACCUGGGGAAAGGCGGCGGCGGCGGCGGCGCGACGACGGCGAGGGACGUGCCGAGGGGCCACUUCGCGGUGUACGUCGGCGAGGCCCGGGCGAGGUUCGUGGUGCCGACGGCGUACCUGAGGCAGCCGGCGUUCGUGGCGCUGCUGAAGAGCGUCGAGGAGGAGUACGGCUUCGACCACUGCUUCGGCGGCCUCACCAUCCCCUGCUCCGAGCGCGACUUCGCCGCCCUCCUCCGCCGCCUCAGCUCCUCGGCGUCGCCGUCGCCGUCGUGGCGGCAUUGA